CCCCUCCUGCCUCGCCAUGUUGUCGGGUUGAGCCUGUUGCCCCAGUUUUCUGAUUUUAAUCGCAGAAUAAGUUUCUUAGCGGCGGUGACUGCUGCCGAAGCGCCAAGAUGUCGAACGUGUCCUACCACAUCUCCAACCUGUUGGAGAAAAUGACAUCCACUGACAAAGACUUUAGGUUCAUGGCCACUAAUGACCUGAUGCUGGAGCUGCAGAAGGACAGCAUCAAGCUGGACGAGGACAGUGAGAGGAAGGUGGUGUCCAUGCUUCUCAAACUGCUGGAGGACAAGAAUGGAGAGGUGCAGAACCUGGCUGUGAAAUGCCUGGCCCCUCUGGUGAGUAAGGUGAAGGAGCCUCAGGUGGAGACGAUGGUGGACACUCUGUGUUCCAACAUGGUGUCAGAUAAGGAGCAGCUGAGAGACAUUUCCAGUAUGGGACUGAAGACCGUGAUCGCUGAGCUGCCUCUGUCUUCAUCAGGUUUGACUCUGACAGCCAGUGUUUGUAAGAAGAUCACCUCCCAGCUGAUCGGUGCUAUGGGGAAACAGGAGGACGUGUCAGUGCAGCUGGAGGCCCUGGACAUCCUGUCGGACAUGUUGGCAAGGCUGAGCGGAGCACUGGUCAGUUUUCACAGCUCUCUGCUCUCCAGCCUCCUCCCUCAGUUAACUAGUUCCAGAAUGGCGGUCAGGAAGCGCUCCAUCUUGGCUCUCGGUCACCUGGUGCCCUGCUGUAGCCCCGCCCUCUUCUCCCAGCUCACUGAGCACCUGCUGACAGAGCUCGCCAAGGGUCCGCCCACUUCGUUGACCAGGACGUACAUCCAGUGCCUGGCAACGAUUAGCCGCCAGGGCGGCCAUCGUGUGGGUGAACAUUUAGAGAAGCUGAUCCCCAUGGUUGUGAAGUUCACCAGUGUGGAGGAUGAUGAGCUGAGAGAGUAUUGUUUCCAGGCCUUUGAAGCCUUUAUACGCAGGUGUCCAAAGGAGAUGUCACCCCAUGUUGCCACGGUGACUAAGCUUUGUCUUAAGUUCAUGACCUUUGACCCUAACUACAACUACGAUGACGAUGAGCAGGAGGAGGAAGAUAGCAUGGACAUAGAGGACGGGCUCGAUGAAGAGUCAGACGACGAGUACAGUGACGAUGAUGACAUGAGCUGGAAGGUGCGACGCUCCUCCAUCAAAUGCCUGGAGGCGCUGAUCAACACGCGCCGGGACCUCCUCCUCUCCUUCUACUCCUCCAUCUGCCCCGCUCUGCUCGCCCGAUUCAAAGAGCGCGAGGAGAACGUGAGGGCAGACGUCUUCGCCGCCUUUUCAACUCUGCUGAGACAAACUCGGGUGGGAUCGAGUCACCACGGCCUCAUCGUGGCCGGUUCAGACCUGGGGUCGAGCAGCGAGGAGGAGCCGGCGGUCGCGGUGCUGAAGAAACAGGUGCCGCUGAUCGUGAAGGCUCUCCACAGGCAGCUGAAGGAGAAGAGCAUUAAAUCUCGACAGGGCUGCUUCUGUCUCCUCACCGAACUCUCUCACACUGUACCUGGAGCCCUGGAACAGCACAUACCUGCUUUAAUACCUGGCAUAGUCUUCUCCCUGACAGACAAGUCCACCUCCUCCACCAUGAGGAUCGAUGCCCUCUCCUUCUUCCACGUCCUCCUCCUCUCCCACCCUCCUCAAGCCUUUCAGCCACACAUGCAGGUGCUGCUGCCCCCGGUGGUGGCAUGUGUGGAAGACACUUUCUAUAAGAUCACGUCGGAGGCGCUGCUGGUCGUCCAGCAGCUGGUCAGAGUGAUGAGGCCGCAGGGACACGCCGCCACAUCUGGAGGAAUCGACCCCAAACCGUUUGUCAGAGAGGUGUUCUCUGUAACCCUGAAGAGGCUCAAAGCAACAGACAUCGACCAGGAAGUGAAAGAGAGGGCUAUUUCCUGUAUGAGUCACAUGGUGUGUCACCUUGGUGACCUCCUGGGGGCAGAUCUCCCGGGUGUUUUAGCGAUCUUUCUGGAGAGAUUAAAGAAUGAGAUAACAAGACUGACAGCAGUUCGGGCCAUCACCCUCAUCGCUGCUUCUCCAAUAAAGAUCGACUUAUCAUCCAUCCUGCCAGAGGCUCUGUCAGUGUUGGGAUCUUUCUUGAGGAAGAACCAGCGGACCCUGAAGCUCGGCACGCUGAACUGUCUCACCGCACUGGUCUCUCAUCACGCCUCCAGCAUCAAACCUGCGGCUCUGGAGCCUGUGCUGAGUGAACUUCCUGCUCUGGUGGAUGAGGGCGACAUGCACGUGUCCCAGGUAUCCAUCACCUUGCUGACCUGCAUGGCCAAAGCCUGCCCCUCCUCUCUGGCAAAGAUCAGCUCCUCUGUGCUGCCGGGAGUCUUCAGACUCGUCCAUUCUCCGAUGCUGCAGGGCGGCGCUCUGGCAGCCAUACUGGACUUCAUACAGGCACUGGUUCUGUCCAAAACCAGUAGCCUGGGCUAUAGUCAGUUACUGAAGUCUCUCACUGAGCCGUUCCACAGCUCUCGGUCCUCUGCAGACAGCGGUGUCAUCCACAGACAGUCCUUCCACUCUGUCGCUCGCUGUGUGGCUGCCCUGUCCUCAGCCUGUCCCAAAGAGACGCCGGGCUCUGUGGCCGGCUUCAUACAGGAGAUAAAGAAUCCUGGAUCACCUGAGUCUGCUCGUGUCCUGGCUCUGUUGUGUCUUGGGGAGGUGGGGAGGAGCGGCAGUCUGGGAGGAAGUAAGGAGGUGCAGGGAGUCAUCCUGGAGGCCUUCACCUCCACCAGUGAGGAGGUGAAGACGGCAGCCUCCUGCGCUUUAGGCAGCAUGGCAGUCGGCAGCCUGAACGACUACCUGCCCUUCCUCCUGAAGGAGAUCUCCUCCCAGCCACGGAGACAAUACCUGCUUCUACACUCCCUCAAAGAAGUCAUCAGUGCCUGUCCAGCCUCUAGUCUCUCGCCCCAUGUGGAGUCCAUCUGGUCUUUGCUGUUUCAGAACUGCGAGUGUCAGGAGGAGGGCACCAGGAACCUGGUGGCUGAAUGUCUGGGAAAACUGACCUUAGUCAACCCUGCACAACUACUACCCAGACUUAAACAGCAGCUUAAAGCUGGUUCUCCUCUGGCUCGCAGCACAGUGGUGACAGCUAUCAAGUUCACCAUUGCUGACCAACCUGCUCCCAUAGAUUCACUGCUGAAGGACUGCAUAGGUGACUUCCUAAAGACCCUGCAGGAUCAGGACAUCAACGUGCGCCGUGUCGCUUUGGUGAUGUUCAACUCUGCAGCUCAUAACAAACCAUCUCUGAUCCGCGGUCUCCUGGGAACGGUGCUGCCUCACCUCUAUAAGGAGACCCAGAUCAGGAAGGACCUCAUCAGAGAGGUAGAGAUGGGUCCAUUCAAACACACAGUGGAUGAUGGUUUGGAUGUGCGUAAAGCAGCAUUCGAGUGUAUGUACACUCUGCUGGACAGCUGCCUGGAGGGGCUGGAUGUCCUGCAGUUCCUGGAUCAUGUAGAGGAAGGACUGAAAGACCACUAUGACAUCAGGAUGCUGACCUUCCUGAUGCUCGCCAGACUGGUCUCCCUGUGUCCUGCUGCUGUUCUCCAGAGACUGGACAGACUGGUGGAGCCACUUAAAGCUACCUGCACCACCAAGGUGAAGGCUGGUUCUGUGAAGCAGGAGUUUGAGAAGCAGGAGGAGCUGCGGCGGUCGGCCAUGCGUGCCGUUGCCGCCCUGCUGGCCGUGCCCGAGGUGGAGAGGAGCCCCAGCAUGGCCGACUUCGCCAACCAGAUCAGAACCAACGCUGACAUGGCGUCCAUCUACCAGAGCGUCCAGGGAGGGGAGGGAGGCAGCUUAGGACCCACAGAGAGCAUGGACAUGAGCUAGAUACUGGAUGAUGGCAAAGAUAUUUUAUUAUGUUGUUUUUUAUAGACAAGUUUUAGACACAGUAGAUAAGAGCACUGUUCAAAAUUUGGUAUAACAUCACAACUUUAUUUUGAAAACAAUAUAAUUUACAACUCAGCACUGGGCUUUUUAGAAUGAAUUUCCUCUGGCAGAAAUACAUUUUAUGAUAGACAUGUGGUAAGUCUACAGUAUUUAGUUUGACUUUUGCAGUUCCUUUUUCUCAAUUUUGUGUGUUACCCAGUAAGACUUGGGUUUAAUUUGGUUCCCAUGAAAUAAAGUGGGUGAAACAUUCA